UCGGCUCCUCUCCCGGCAGUGGAGCAGAAGCUGAGUUUAGAGUUUUUUUAUCGUGUUGGAUUCUCUCUUUCAGUAAGGCUGUGUUGUCUCAGUCAUGGCGGUCACCGCGGAUCUCAUCCGAGAGAAACUCAUCUCUGAGCUCGCUGCAGUGCACGUGGAAGUAGAAGACACGUCUCCAAACAGAUGUGCUGCUAGUUUUAAGGUUCUUAUAGUUUCUCCUCAGUUUGAAGGAAAACCGCUGUUGCAGAGGCACAGGCUGGUAAACACUUGCCUUGCUAAUGAACUGAAGGAGAUACACGCCUUUGAGCAGAAGACCUUGACUCCAGAACAAUGGGAAAAACAGAAACAGCAAUGACACAAAAACACACAAUACUCAUAUUCUGUUCAUUUUUUUUUAUUUUACAGUAUUACAGUAAUUUGUUUUUCUUUUAUAUUUUAAUUAAGCACCAUUUAAACAAAACAAUGUAAAAUACUGACAACACAUUUCCUGUUCCUUGAAGCUGAACUUAAAUAUAAAGAUUGUGACAAUAAA